CACAAACCUAUAUCUUGAGCGUGCCCGAGCAAGGACGUGAAAUUCAGGCUAUAUGUUUCAAUUUUUAUAGUAGCAGGCAGAGUAUAAUUAGGCGGAUAACGCCAAGCUCGCCGAAGCACUCAAAUGGAUGCUCCCGAAAGCAUUAUUGACACCAAGCUCGCUUUCAGUCAAGCUCCCAAAGCAACAAAUCACCAAUUUGGGUGCACACCCAAACAGCUGCAGCAUUUGGCCGAGUCUCGGGAUCUGAGUGCCCUCCAAACGUUAGGGGGACUCGCUGGCUUGGAGACGUCUCUCCUGACAGACCGGAAAAGCGGAUUAAGCCCAGACGAGUUUAUCCGUGAGGAUGCUACACCGCUCACGGAUUAUGAGAAACGCCUACCUACCCUUUCUACGGAGAAAACAGUAUUUAAACCUCCUUUUGACGCGAGAAGGAGAAUAUUCGGAGAUAACCGACUGCCCACGAAGAGAGAACCCCCUUUUUGGCAGUUGAUGUGGAUGGCCUACAAUGACUAUGUUUUAUUUCUGUUGACUGGAGCCGCAAUAAUAUCUCUUGGCUUAGGCCUCUAUCAAGCGCUAGGAACUCCUCGAACACCUAACAACCCGCCCAUAGAAUGGGUGGAGGGGGUCGCCAUUCUGGUGGCCAUCGUCAUCAUCGUGCUGGUCGGCGCUCUAAACGAUUUCCAGAAACAAUACCAAUUCCGCAAGCUUAACAAGAAGCAACAGGAUCGGAAUGUGAAGGUCAUUCGCUCCGGCCGUCCGCAAGAAAUUCUAAUCCAUGAUGUCGUCGUCGGUGAUAUUGUCCAAAUCGAGCCGGGAGAUGUAAUUCCAGCGGAUGGCAUUUUAAUUCAAGGCCUUCUUCUCCGAUGUGACGAAUCUUCCAUGACUGGGGAGUCUAAUCUACGACCAAAGUGUCCUGCUGAUGAUGCUGUCCAAGCUAGUUACUCAGGGAAUAGCAACACGCAAGUUACCACAAAACUAGACCCAUUCAUUAUUUCAGGAACUAAAGUCGCGGAGGGCGUUGGUAGUUUUCUCAUUAUCGCUACAGGUCGCAAUUCAGCUUAUGGCACAAUUCUUCAGAGACUUGAGGAUGAGCCAACACCAACACCUUUGCAAAUGAAACUUGGUGGGCUUGCCAAGAGUAUUGCAAUAUGCGGUGGCGUUGUUGCUCUGAUCUUCUUCGUGAUUCUUUUCAUAAAGUUUCUGGUAGAGCUACCUCACAGCACAAGAAGCCCGGCCGAAAAGGGUCAGCUUUUUCUCAACAUAUUCAUCAUAGCGCUCACUGUCGUUGUGAUAGCAGUUCCAGAAGGGUUGCCACUAGCCGUUACAUUGUCACUCGCCUUUGCCACCACUCGAAUGCUGAAGGACAGAAAUCUGGUUCGGUCUCUACGAGCAUGCGAGACUAUGGGAAAUGCGACGUCUAUUUGCUCAGAUAAAACUGGUACCCUAACACAGAAUCGGAUGACUGUCGUUGCAGGGGCCUUUGGCACAAAUUCUAAGUAUACUGAGGGUGCCUCUUCGUCUAUUACCGAAUACAUAAGAGGCCUUUCAUUCGAUGUCAGAUCAAUUCUGAAGAGCUCCAUCGUUAUUAACAGCACUGCAUUUGAAUCCGAUGACUCUUCGUAUAUUGGCUCUCGGACUGAAUCUGCUCUACUCACACUGGCUCGCGACGCCAUUGGCAUGGGCCCCGUUGAGGUUGAGAGAUCUGAUGCACGGGUCGUCUACUUGGUCCCAUUCGAUUCGUCUAGAAAGUGCAUGGUCUCUGUGGUCCGUCUGGAUAACGGGGUACAUCGAGCAUAUAUCAAAGGGGCUUCUGAAAUCCUAUUACGUGCCUGCAACACGGCUCUAGAGAAUCCAGAAGCUGGACUCUCCCCAAUUCCAGUUUCCGAUGACAUUAUGCAGAAUCUGCAGGAUAUUAUAUCGAAAUAUGCAAGGCAUUCUUGGCGAACAAUGACUCUUGCCUACCGGGAUUUCCAUGAAUGGCCACCUGUUACUAACGCCGAUCCCAUCAGCGAUGUUGGCCAUAUAGUUCCUCUCGAUGAAAUACUUCGGGACCUAACAUUUCUUGCUAUCAUGGGUAUCCAAGACCCACUACGCGACGGCGUUCCAGACGCCAUCCAAACAUGUGCAAAAGCGGGAGUUACUGUAAGAAUGGUCACCGGUGACAAUCUCUUGACAGCGAAGGCAAUAGCAGAAGAAGCCGGUAUUCUUACCGACCAUGAGGACAUUGCUAUAGAAGCUUCCGAGUUCCGCACUCUCCAGCAAUCGCAGCAAAUUGAAAUGAUACCUCACUUGAAGGUACUGGCAAGGUCUACUCCUGAGGAUAAACGAAUUCUUGUCAUGCGAUUAAAGCAAAUGGGAGAAAUCGUAGCGGUGACAGGAGACGGUACAAACGAUGUUGCCGCUUUGAUGGCUGCAGACAUCGGGUUUUCUAUGGGAAUAUCAGGAACAGAGGUUGCCCGCGAGGCGUCCUCGAUUGUUCUCAUGGAUGAUAACUUUACGUCUAUUGUCAAAGCUAUUAUGUGGGGGAGAGCAGUAAAUGAUGCUGUCAGCAAAUUCUUGCAGUUCCAAAUCACAAUAACAAUUACCUCUGUCGGAUUGACUUUUGUUUCCGCAGUCGCUAAUGGAAACCAGCAGUCUGUUCUCACAGCAGUGCAACUCAUGUGGAUCAAUCUUUUCCAAGAUACCAUGGCGGCACUGGCACUUGCUACUGAUCCUCCGUCGUCUAAAAUCCUCGACCGCAAGCCCGUGGCUCAGUCCGCUCCUCUCAUUACUCUUCAGAUGUGGAAGAUGAUAAUUGGCCAGUCAAUAUAUCAAAUGGCUGUUACUCUGGUUCUCUAUUUUGCAGGAUCUUCCAUCUUCCAUUAUCAUACCUCGCAAGAAAAAGCUCAACUACAGACGGCCAUUUUCAACACGUAUGUGUGGCUACAGAUCUUCAACAUGUUCAAGUAGGUUUACUGUCUCCCUUGCAUAUCUUGCCACUACUUUUCAGAUUGAACCACAUAGAGAUAUUCUAGUAUGUAUGCUUACAAAUUA